AUGAGAAUCGAGUCUGGACUGUACUUUAUUUCCAGCUGCAGCAAGGAGUUCCUGAGGCGCAUAGUGAUAGCAUACAAUAAGAGGAAAAUUGGCAACUAUAGGCGGGUGCCGGUAACAGGGCCCCUGACCCUGAAAUGGGCCGACCGAUCCUUUGCUCAGGUUGGAUUUGACGCCGUAAUCAGUCACGUGCUGGACCGGCUCAGGUUGAAGCGGCGGGGCUCAGAACGUAGUGCACGAUGGCAGACCAAGAAGAAUGUCUUUGGUUCAUCGAUCUUCGAGCUGCAGAGAGACGUUCGACGAUUAGAACAAGAAAUCGAAAACCUGAACAGUAUUGUAGCUGCUGAGGCGGCAGCAGAGGCACAGAGGAAUAAAAAUCAGGAGAGGCAAGAGAGGGAGAAGCUGGAGAAAGAGGGAAUGGCAAAGCUUCGGAGACAACAGCAGCAGCAGCGGGAGAAACAGCAGCGGGAAGCAGCGGAGGCGAUGAGAAAACAACAGGCAGAGAAGCGAGCAGCAGAACAGCAUCGACAAGAGGAAGAGGAAGCUAAAAUUCGCCGGGAACAAUAUACACAUUUCGAUUUCACCAGUGGAAGCACUCGCCGGGCUUACACAUCAACUUGCCGUCACGACGGCUGGUGGCCAAAAGUACAAGGUCGUAUGGCAUGUCCGGAGUGCUGUGAGAGUUGGACUUAUCUGCUGCAAUGCCCGGGUUGUCAGAUGAAGGCGUUUCCGAGAUGUCAAGCUUCGAUACGGCCGAAGACACCGCGCAACACGGCGAAGACCAGUCGAAGAGCCCCUCCGCGAGUGAGGACUCCAGGCCCGGAUCUUGGGUACGACUGGUAA